CGAUCGCACUGCAACUGAAUCUGAAGUUGAUGUCGCAGGGCCUGUUACAGCAUAUUAUUUACGUUUUCUUGGCAUAAAUGGCAUCUACAUUAUAAUUCAAGCGAUGUUAAAUUAUUUUCGACAUCUCGUAGCCCUGCAUUUUGUUGUCUAUUUGGUAACACAAUGUACAGGCCAUGUACGAUUCGUCUGCCCCCGUCCACAAUCCCCACGUUCUGAUGUAUUUCAACAGUUACCAAGUCACCCUUUAGAUGGUCAAUGUGGACUUGGUGGAUCUGUACAGUUUGAUCUAGAAUAUAAAGAAGUAUCACCAGGCCCUUUUACAAUCAGAUUUGAAGAGACAGUUGUUCAUAAUGAUUCACCAUUUAGUAUAAGUCUACAUGAGUUUGACAACAAUGAAACAUCAUGUUUAUUAUUAGAUCAUAUACCACAUAAUAAUGCUGCUACGGUCAGAAAACAAUGUUUUGUUUCAUGGUAUCCAAUUGGUCAUUGUAGUGAAAGUACCUAUUAUAUAACGAUUAAUAUACCAAACAUCACCUGUAAAAAAUGUUAUCUACAGAUUAAAUCUAUCCAUGUACCUAAUGGUAAUCAAGAUAACAGAUGUGGAGACAACAGCUCUUGUGAAGUGUAUUAUAGUUGUGCUAACAUUCGUAUUAAGCCAACAGCUUCUGGUCAUGGUAAAGGUUUGGAAUCAUGUCAGAAAUAUAGUUUCAAUCUUUUAGGCAUCUGGCCAUAUAGACCACAGAAAUAUUUUAAGGCUGAAUUAAAAUCUGAUAAAUCAACUAGUCCAGUUGCAGGUGCUGCUGUAUAUGAUGAAGUUUUAAACCAGAUACAUGCUGACCUACCCAGGAAAGUCUUUCAAACUGGUUUGAUGAAAGUAGGUCUAUCUACUUUGGGUAAUUCUAAUACCACUCCACCUGUAUAUGAUGUUAUAUAUUCCUCACCAGUUAGUCCACAUGAUUACGAUCAAAGUCGUAUAAAUAUCAAGUUUAGAGAUGUACCAGAUAAUGUGUCACGAAUGCUUAUGGAUGGUGAAUUGUAUCUCAACAUUAUUACAACUACAACUGAGUAUAUUGGAGUAUUAGAUAUGAAACAUGAGGAAUAUGAAAAGGGUAUUUAUGCACCUAUGCAUACACAGUAUAGUAAAGUAGGCUGGUUAUCUUCACCUGAAUUUCUUGGUGUUAAAGCAGUUUAUCCGGCAGCCACAUAUCCUACUGGUCCUUGUUCUCCACCGUCAAGACAUUAUAUAUCUCAUUUACAUUUACGAGGUGAUUUAACUGAUACUGUAGGUGCAUUAGCUAUGACUGUUAUAGAUGAUAGACUACAUAUCUUUAUUAAAUUAACAAAUCAUAAAGAACAAAUAGCUUCUAUACAGUUAACAUCAAGUAAAUUAUCAGGUUUAUUACCAUUGAAUCUACCUGUAAGCAAACUUAAAAAUGGAUUCCUUUUCACUGUAAUGCAGGCUUCUAAAUGGAUUGAAGAAAUAGGAACAUUGAUGUUUUUAAAGAAAGUAGAGAUAAGAACUGUAGAUAAUAAAUUACUAAUGGAUGGUUUUAUAGAAGAAGGUAUAUAUUCACUUAUGGGUGAUAUAGAUGAAGUACAUGGAUUAGGAAUAUUCCAGAUUACUAAGGGAAGAUUUUUGCAGUAUACAGUUAUUAUGGAGAAAACAAAAUGUGGUGGGAAACAAUCAGUAUUAUUAGAAGGACCUGAGUCUACUAUUAUAUCUAAUAUAACAAAUCAGCUUACAUCUAAAUAUGAUGAUUAUUUACUAGAGGGUUAUAUCAAGGAACUGAGUAGUGAUUCUAUCUUAAACUUGUGGCUUGGUAAAAUUUCUUUGAUUAUGAAAUGUGAGGAGGACAAAACAUUUACAGAAGUUGUAGGCAAGUUAACCAAACCUGGUAAAUGGUACUGUACUGAUAUAGAAAAUGAACAUUGUUCUGUUGUAGAAUUAACACCGGGAGGAUUUGGAGAGGUUGAAGGUGAAGCUUUCUUACAACCUUCAGGUUUAGCUGCUUUUGUAUUAGACAGAGCUAAAGUUCUACAAUAUAGUAUAUUUAUUGGUGAUGUAACUAAAAGAGGUUUACCAGAAGCUACACUAAUAGAUGAAGACCAUCUAAUACUUACAAUCACUCUGCAUAAAUCAUCGACACAGGAUGAUGUUUUUGAAGCCAGGGGUCAGCUGCCUCAGUCUUCACCAGAUUUAAUCAAGAAUUUAUUAUUAGGUAGAUUAAAUCUACACGUAUCUAAUCCUAGUCAGGCUACACAGCCUUUACGUGGAUCUCUACCAGUUAUAACUCAAUCAGAAUGUAUAGACAGUAAGACAUUAGUAGUUGGUGACGAAAAAGAGAAAUGGUCAUAUGAUUCAUCACCAUUUGAUACAAUACAUGCUUUAGUUGGAGAUAAAUUAGUGUUUAUAUAUACAGCUAAUACUACAGUACAUAAGUUUAAAACACAGGAAGAUUAUGAAACAUGUAAUCUACAGAAUGCUGUAAAGUUAGAAGGUAGUACUAGAGAUAAUAUAACAUGGACAGUAACACAUAUUUUGACCCCAGGAUCAAAUUAUUUUGGAUCAGACAACCAGUGUGAUUUGAGUCCACCAUUUAAAGUCUCAGUCAGUGUCAUUCAAACUGAUAAAAUAGUGUCUGAAUCAAGAGAUGAUUGUACUAUAUCAUUAUAUCAAGUAUGGAGACAACAACAUCUUAAUAGAUAUGAUGGUCCAAAUGUUGUUGGUUCAGCUAUUGGUGGAUUAAUCGCAGGAUUAAUUAUAUUGUUUUUGUUUCACCUGGUGGAACGAAGACAUCAAAACAAACAUGAGAGAACUAACAGCGGAUUCCAGAGGUUUUAACCCUUAAAAUGAAACGGCCUAAUUAUUAAUUUCUAGAUGAUUGUUAUCUCUACCCCCGCCCCCCCAAAAAUGGCACCAGGAUUGUUUCCUUGCAUAGUUAAUAACAUUUCAUAAUUUUAAGGACUUGCCACAAUAGGUUAAUCCUUGUUUUAUUACAAAAGUUUAUUAUGCAUCAAUCAAAAGGAUUGAAUCAGUCAAAAUCAGUCUAAAAUAGGUACCAGCAUAAUGCUCUCAUAAAGCUUGUAUUAUGCUAGACAUGGUCACACUGUCCAACUCAAUAAUUUUAAUAGACAUUUACAAUAAAAGAAUUUACGUUAUUAUUGACUGAAUUGGAAGUGUGUAUUAUGUUUGAUGGAAUGGAGAAAGCAUAAUUUCAUUGCACAACUAAUUAUAAGACAUAGUUUCGAUAGAGAUUACUAUAUUUUUUGUGAUUUUAAUACAUAUCAACAAUAAAUCCACCAAUUUAUUUAUUCAUUUCGAUGUUGGGAGUUAUUAAACACCCUAUAAAUUAAUUUUUACAUUAUGUUCAGCACCGGUUAUGUAUUUAUCAUUUGUGUUUUAUCAUAAUUUACUUUAAAUGACAUAUCACCAUCCCUCUUUGUCAUGUGUGGAUCAGGGAGAAUAGCAUUGGCUCACUAACCAAGAGGUUUUUCCAUACUCGUUUCCACAGCAGUGCAGGACAUCAGAGGUACAAUGUAUCCCAAUUUGAGCAUGUUAUAGAGAACGAAGUAAGAGUAGACCUUAUCGCAACUGUCAGGACAUGUCCAGACAAAAUUUCACCCAUAGCACACUACGGUAUAUGUGUGCCUUCAUAAGCCCAGUUCCUUCUUCUUGUACUUCAAAAAAUCUCCAGAGAUUGUUAUUUACAUUCAAAGUUGAGAGCUGCGAGGGCUCAGUGAGGAAGACACUGACUUGCUAGCCUUAAGGUCUUGAGGUUGCUCCUGGUGUUGGCCGAGAAAUUAUUCAGAAUUGACCGGCAUGGUGCAGGACGGAUGGACUGACAAGGACAGCUGUCUAGUCAUUCAGAUCUGACAAAGAAAUGGGGUACUGUGUACACAUUGGUGUGCACGUAAAAGAUCCCUUGGCAGUUGAAUACAAGAGUAGGCCAUAGUGUUGCUACCAAGGCAAAAUUUCCCUCAUAGCACACUGCAUGAACUAUGUCCGUCUUCAUUAGCCCAGUAAGUGCAGAAAAGUAGGACCUUAAUAAACCCCAUUUCAUUUCACAUUUAAAGUUGUUAGAGAAAAUUUUACAUCUCUAGUUUACAACAUUCAUCUAUAAAAUAUGUAUACAAACAGCAAAUAUUCGUAACACUGAAAAAUUUCUUUCCAUAUUUAUCUUUAAAAUUAUUCUUAUAAUCUUGUUAUGUUUCCAUUUGUUGUAUUCAUUGUAGCGUGCAUUUAUUUGUUUGAGAUUGUGUAAUUUUAAAUAAACGUUUGAGAGACCUUAUUCUCAAAAACUUAUGCUAAAAUAUUUCCAGAUUUCAGCUUUGUACUAGGAUUUUUUACUAUAAACCUGUUGAUAUCUAUAUCCUUAAAUUAUUUUAGUUGAAGUUUACAUGACUUAGGCCCCAAGUUUUAUAGUUUACAUGACUGCGACUAAGCUUUAUGUCAGCUUUUUGUAUCAUGAACAAGUUUGUUACAGUAUUAGAAUUAGAUUAAGCAGAGUUUGUGGGAGCUUUAUUUAUUAUCCUGGUGAUAUUUAUAACAAUCUGGUUAAAACAUGUACAUUUAUUUUUAAUGUUCUACUUUAUUAACCCCUGACAUAUUUUGGCCAAUCAGAUUGUCUGUAUUGGUUUUUAAGGCUAUAUUUUGUGGGAAUGUUUAAAACACAAGCCUGUAUGAAUGAUUGGUUUAAUUUUAAGGUUAAAGUAUGAUUGUCCGAUACAAAUAGACCUAUCACUGGACGAAUACAGUUGCGAUAGAAAGUAGGUUAAAUUACAAUAUAGUGUAAAAAUCAGAGAAAAAUUAUUUUGAUUAGAAUGUAUUUAGAUGUAAUUUUUCUUAUAAUGAAUAUGGAAUUAUUAAUUCUGUGAAUGUAGAUUUAUUAAUUCUGUGAAUGUAGAUUUAUUAACUUUGAUUAGACCCCACUGACACCAGGAUCUUUCUAUUUAUUAUAAUUAAAGGGUUGUACAUCUAAUUAGCCUUUAGUCAAUUUGUUUGUAUGGGCUUGCUUGUAGUGCAAAAAGCUUAGCAGAAUUAUUAAUAAGCUUGCAUCAGAAAUGGCCCAUAACUAACAUUAAAAUUAAUCAAUUUGAUUAAUUUUUGGACCAAAAUAUUUUUCUAAUAAAAGUUCAUUGAUUGUAUGUGGUCUAAAACUCUUUAUUUAACUUUUAUUCUGUCAUGUUGGGGUUAUAUACAAAUAUAACACUAUCAUAAUAUAUAUAUUCAUGUAUAUAUAGGUAUUCCUGUGAAGUAUCUCAUCAUUCCUUGUUAUUAUUUAUGUUGAUAUUAUUGUAGCUUUAUAUUAAUAUUCUUAAACUCAGGCCAAAUCUCUUUUUUACUUAUUUUUGUUUUUUAUUCCAUGAAUAACAAUACUCUUACAUUUGUUUUAUUCACAUAUUUCUCAAGGGUAAAAUACAUAAAUGCCACAUUAAUUCAUCCUGAAAAAUUCUCUUAUAUAUUUAAAUACAGUUCUGUUCUAGUCAUUGUUACAUUUAUCUUUUUAUAUGGCCAUAUUUUCAUGUGGAUUUAUUAUGCCGUCGCCCCUGUCCAUCCUUUCACAUUUUGUUUGUGUUCCCUCGACAGGUCACAAUAUUUAUCCGAUUUUUACAAAACUUGAAAUAUAAUUUUAUAUCCCAAAGAUCUUGGUUCCUUUUGAUAUUGGCAUCAGACUGUAACUUCAUGGAUUAUUGCCCGAUUGUAUGUAAAAUGCGAUUUUAUACACCCACAUUUUCAUUUGGACGUAUAUUGUUGUUGCCCCUGUCCGCCUGGCCGUGCAUAUUUUGUUUGCGGGCACUCUACAGGUCACGAUUUUUAUCUGAUUUUAAAAAAUGUUCAAAUGUAUCACUGUUCCACUAUAAUUCGUGUGAGUUCGACAUUCAUGAAAAUUGGAUGGAAACUUCCCCUUCCAAAUAGUGUAAAAGCAUGUAGUACAAGAUUGUGGACCCUCUAGAGGUCACAAUUCUUAUCCAAUUUUGAUGAACUGAAAAUAUAUGUUUAUUUCCCAAAGAUCUCAGUGUUUUUUUUUCUCUGUCCAUCACUUGCGAACCAUGGGUGCAUCUUGUAUGGCAACCGCUUGUUAACUUUAUAUAUAUAUAAGCUAAUUUUUAUAUUAAACAUUUUAAUAGAUAUCCAUAAAUAUUCUUCGUGUAAGCUUUAAAUUUUUAUAGAAAUCCAUGAAUAUUAUUUGUAUAAGCUUUAGAUUUUUAUUGUUAGUGUAUAGCAUUUUUACAUUUAAUUUAUUAUUGCUGCAUUUAGACAAAGAAUUACACGAACAAAGCAAGAAAUAGUCAUGGGUCAAACAGAUACAAGGCUAGGUUAAUGCUGCAAGUGAUUCUACACAGUGUACACAUUUUCUGAACUAAACUGGCAUUGCUUCGACCGGUUGCACCUCAGAUGUUUCAUUUCUGCAUCUGUCUCCUACUGGCAUCAUUAUAUUAUUUAAAUACGAUUUUGCAGCUCCAUAUUGAUUUGUAAACUUUAGUGCUAUAUACACCUUCCAGGGGCAGAAAUUGAUACAAUACAAAUUAGGCCUUGUUUAAGUGUGUUGAUUUCUUCAAUACUUUUUGUUGUAACAAGUGAUAUUGUGGAGAUUAUUCCCUUUUGAUAAAAGUUUAUCACACAAUGUUAUACAUAUAGCGUUGAUUAGAUAACUGGAAAGUUUGUACUAUGACCAUCUCUGUAAAAAUCAAUGUGAUAAUGAAGAUUUAAAACAUAUUUUUAUGUGUUUGGCCUUGUCACCGUUAUAUCUUAGACAAUAUCAAUUGACUUAUUUUUUUUUAUCUGUACCUUUACGUAGGAUUUAUUAUGUGAAUCCUAGUCAUGUAGUUCAUUUAAAGGAGAUGCCAUGGUCCAUUUUUUUCCACAAUCUUAACAAUGGUUAAAUUUUACAUUAUUUACCUAGCAAUAAGGUCAUGUUUUAUUGUGUACAAAAUUUAAGGUUAAAUAUCCUGAUGCAUAUUGGCUUUAAAUGUGUUACAAAAUCUAAUACUCACAAGCAGUUUGCAUCGAAAAAUGUCAACUGUGUUUUAUUAUUAAUGAUUAUGAGAGCCUAAUGUAUUAUAUAAUUGUUUUAAAAGCAUUUUUAUAAUAUAGUCGCACCUGUCGGUUGUUAACAAUUUCUUGUGAUCUCUUUACAGACUACAUCUGAUCUUUUUCAAAUUUAAACAUGUUGUUCACAUUUGUAAUAUGAAGAAUCCGAUUGAUAUUGUAUAACAACUUCAAGAGUUAUUGCUCAUGACCUCUUCGACAAAUGUUAUUCGAUUGAAAUUUAUAUGUAGUGUGCAGACCAGUAAAGCCUAUUACUGUCAAUUACUUCCAAAGUUAUGGCCCUUAUCAUUUUGUGAACGCUCUACAACGAUAGUUAUACAUGUAAUUUGUAUGUAUUAGUAUUUAGAUUAGUGAUCUGCAAAAUCUGAUUGAAUUGCAUCAAUGUGCUUAUUUUUUCUUAGAGUUAUAGCCCUAAGUAAAAUUUAACCAUUUGUGCUUAUUUCUUCUAAGAGUUAUUGCCCUUUUUGUCCUGCCUUUCGAAGAAAUCAAGGGACUAUUAAAAUGUGUCUGUCCGUCACACUCUGUGGAACACAAUAACUUUCCUUCUAAUUGAGCUAGAAUGUUCAAACUUGGUGUAGGUGUUUAUUAGGUGAAUACCUUGAUGCAGUUUGACGAUGAGCAUUUUCUGCUUAGGAUAAGCAGAGAUAAACAAUUUGAUUGGUUGAUGCUUUGGGACAGGAUAACUUUAGUUCUAAUUAACUAUUGUUAAACAUACAUUAUGCUAGGGCUAAAUCUGCAAAUUGCAGGUCUUUCUUUAGGCCUGAAAUGUUAUCUAAAUUAUUAAUUAACUUAUCCAGACCAUAAUCAACUCUCGAUGUCAUCGCUAGCCUGCGAUAUUUACUGGAUUAUAAUCCGAUCUGCUGCUCAACGCUCAUUCAUGAUUAAAUCAAAAGAAUGUAUAAUCGAGACUGUGUUUUUUUUAUCAUACCAACUUUAGUAAUGAUGAUCGAGGCUAGGCCAAAAUUCAAUCGCUAAAUUCUCGGUUCAGAGUGGAUCAAUUUGACUGAAAUUUUCAGCAAAUUCCCUUUACAAUAUAGUGUAUAGUUUGAUUACCACGUACUUCAAAACCUGACUGAGUUUGAUCGUGAACAUUUUGUGCUUAGACUAAGCAUAGAUAAUUUUAAUUACUUGAUACUUUUGAAAAAGAUAAAUGUACGAUCAAUUAAUUUGUGUCAUCUGUUUAUUUUGUGUUUUCGGUGGGGGACAUCAGCCUCACUGUUGGCUUGAUUAUUUUUAGUAUUUUAGUUUCUUGUUUUGUUUGACAGUUGAUAUUAUACAAUUUGUUGUCCUGAAUGAAUACUAUUCUAUAGCUAAUAGACCUUUUGUGUGAAACAAGAUGUGUAUUUAGGUUUGGUUGCUGUGUCAAAAGAUUAAUGUUUCUCAAAAAUGCAUCAGAUUGUAUGCUUUAUAAUAUAUAUUAUGUGAUGUAAUAUUUUUAAAUACCCAUACCGAUAUCAGUACAUACAUGAUGUACCUAAGAUAUUGACCAUUCUAAAUAAAAAUAGGAUAAAAUAUCUGAUACCGCUUUUGUUUUGAGAAGUUUACAUUGAGAUAAAAUUGUGUUUUUCGUUUGUUUAAAAUUGAAGUAAAAGAACAAGUGAAGACACAUUAUUGGUAGCAGGAAUAAAAGUUAAGUGUUCUUGUUAUUGACUAUUGGCUAUGUGUGUUUAUUUGUUGAGCUGAUAUUUUUAUGUUGACUGAUUUCUUCUAUUUUAGAUUAAUAAAACCU